ACGAGUCUGAGGCUGAGGGAGUCAUGGCAGGACAGGCGUUUAGAAAGUUUCUCCCACUCUUUGACCGGGUAUUGGUUGAAAGGAGUGCUGCUGAAACUGUGACCAAAGGAGGCAUUAUGCUUCCAGAAAAAUCUCAAGGAAAAGUAUUGCAAACAACAGUAGUCACUGUUGGAUCGGGUUCUAAAGGAAAGGGUGGAGAGAUUCAACCAGUUAGUGUGAAAGUUGGAGAUAAAGUUCUUCCCCCAGAAUAUGGAGGCACCAAAGUAGUUCUAGAUGACAAGGAUUCUUUCCUAUUUAGAGAUGGUGACAUUCUUGGAAAGUACGUAGACUGA